AUGAAUGAACUUUUUGGCAGCAUACCGCCCCAGAUUGGUAAUCUUUCCAAGCUCAUUUAUCUCGAUUUCUCGUUCAAUCAGCUGUCACAAGAAAUCCCACCUGAAAUUGGCUUGUUACGAAAUCUUCAAGUCCUCCAUCUGAACGAAAAUCAAUUGUCUGGUCCAAUUCCUGAGGAAUUAAGCCAUUUAGUCUGUCUUACUGAGCUUGUUUUGAAUACCAAUAACAUCAGUGGCACCAUUUCAUCUUCCUUUGCAAAUCUGAGAAACUUGACAUACUUGUCUUUAUAUGAAAACCUAUUAUCAGGUUCCAUUCCUCCAGAAAUAGGAAACCUAUCCAAUCUUGUCACUGCUUUUUUGAGCUCUAACCUUCUAACAGGUUCAAUUCCACCUGUUCUAGGUAACCUCAAUAAGUUGGAGACCUUGUUCCUUUUCCAAAAUGAUCUGUCUGGUCCCAUUCCAGUUGAGUUAGGGCAGUUGAAAUCACUUCAAAGUUUGAGCUUGUUUGGAAAUAAUCUCAUUGGCACAAUCCCAACAUCACUGGGUAAUCUGACGAAUUUGACUGUCCUCCAUCUCUAUGAUAACCAACUCUCAGGCUCCAUUCCUGAAGAGUUGGGCAACCUAGAGCUACUUACAGAUUUGGAACUAGACAGGAAUGAACUGAACGGUUCUAUUCCUAAAUCAUUUGGUGAUCUGAGCAACCUGGAAUUUCUGUUUCUCCGUGAAAACCAGCUUUCUGGUUCCAUUCCAGAGGAGCUUGGGAAGUUGGCAAAGUUGGCUGUGAUGGAGAUGGAUACAAAUCAAUUCUCUGGUCAUCUGCCGGAACAUCUUUGCCAAAAUGGAACACUUCAGAACUUCACGGUAAGCAACAACAAGCUGAUAGGACCAAUCCCUAUAAGCUUGAAAAAUUGCUCAAGUUUAUUUAGAGCUCGAUUUGAGGGAAACAGGCUGACUGGGAAUCUGUCAGAGAUGUUUGCUCUUUUGCUUGCCGACAAUCACAUCACAGGUCAGAUCCCUUCAGAACUGGGAAAUGCAUCUCAACUUCAUGCACUCGAUCUUUCUUCCAAUGACUUUACAGGGGAAAUUCCAAACCAAGUUAUGAUUCUGGCUUCCAUGCUCAAUCUAAAUCUACAAAAUAACCAACUUUUUGGCAAUAUACCGGAAGAAGUCAGUUUGCUCAAAAAUCUGCUUUACCUUGACCUGUCACGAAAUUUCUUGCGUGGAUCUAUCCCACAAACUUUAGGAGGUUACCAACAAUUGUUUUACCUGAAUUUGAGCAACAACAACUUAAGUCAACAGAUUCCACCUCAGAUGGGUAAGUUAACUCGACUUUCUGUCUUGGAUCUGAGUCAUAAUCACAUCACAGGAGAAAUACCACCUGAGUUCAGAAGUUUUCAGAGCCUAGAGAUAUUGGAUAUUUCCCAUAACAAUCUCUCUGGUUUCCUUCCAAAUGCUUUGGCUGAACUGCCUGGUUAUUUGCAUAUUGACAUAUCUUUCAAUAAUUUAGAAGGUCCAAUUCCUUAUGGCAGAGCCUUUAAAAAUAUCACCAUAGAAGAAUUGAGGGGAAACAAAGGUUUGUGCGGUAAUAUUACUGGUUUACAAGCAUGUAGAAGUCCUCAAUUGAGUAUGAAGCGUGUAAAGGAUAAGGGGUUGAAUCUUGUUCUCGUAAUUGUGCUCCCUCUUCUAGGAUCGCUAAUUCUUCUUUGUGCAUUCUUUGGAGCCCUUAAAAUAUGUCGACAAAGGGAAAGAAAAACCACUGAGAAUGUAGUGGAUGCUGAUUUGUUUUCCAUAUCAACAUUUGAUGGCAAAGCAAUGUACAGAGAAAUAUUAAAAGCAACAGAAGAUUUCAGCGAAAUAUUCUGCAUUGGGGAAGGAGGUUAUGGAAGUGUUUACAAGGCAAUGCUCCCACCUGGUAACUUGGUAGCUGUAAAGAGACUUCAUCUGCUGCCGGAGAAGGUGUACUUCAACAGUUUCUUAAAUGAGAUAAGAGCCUUGACAAACAUCAAGCACAGAAACAUUGUUAAACUCUACGGUUUCUGCUCAAAUUCCACAAACUCCUUUUUGGUCUAUGAGUACCUUGAGCGAGGUAGCUUGGCCAAAAUUUUCAGCAUGGAAGAAGAAGCAAAGGAACUAGACUGGGAAAAGAGGGUGAACAUCAUCAAAGGCGUGGCUCAUGCCCUAUCUUACAUGCAUCAUGAUUGCACGCCUUCAAUAGUUCAUCGGGACAUUUCAAGCAACAAUGUGUUGCUUGAUUCAGAAUAUGAGGCUCGUGUUUCAGACUUUGGCACUGCUAAAUUUCUCAGGAAGGAUUCAUCUAACUGGACUACUCUUGCUGGCACGUUAGGAUAUGUCGCGCCAGAGCUUGCUUAUACAAUGAGUGUCACUGAAAAGUGUGAUGUUUAUAGCUUUGGGGACCUGACAUUGGAAAUAAUCAAAGGGAAGCACCCUGGUGAAUUAGUUGUCCAUCUGUUGUCUUCAACACCUGGAGAUAUAGAACUAAAAGACUUGUUGGACCGGAGACUUUCGCAUCCCACACAAGAAAUUGAAAAGAUUCUGAUAUCAACCGUCAAACUAGCAAAGGCAUGUUUACAUGUGAAUCCAAAAUCUAGGCCAACUAUGCACAUUGUUUCGAGUUUGUUACCUGUGGGUGCACCGUGA